AUUGUAACUUAUUAUUUUGCUUUUGUACAGACCACUAUUAAUUGUUUUAAUUUUUAUUUAAUUAAAUAUAACUUUGAAAAUGGCAAGAUUUCUUAAAAAAUUAUUGACCAAUAAGACUGAUGAGGAGGGCGAUUCCUUUACUUCUGCUCAUCUUGGGGAGGAGAACAACUUUUAUUACAAUGAGGAAUUGAGGCAAUGGGUAGUUCGCGGCGAAGAGGAGAGGGUUAGGGAAACCCUUAAUAGCACCCCUCCUCCAGUGGUGGGAACGGAGCCUAAUUGCGAUCCUUCCGUUCCUCCCACCUCUCAAACUAACGCUAAUGGCUUGGAUGGAACUCAAGUCCCUGUUCGUCAAACGCACCUGGUCUCCCAUCCGACUUCGACUCAUUUGUCUAGACGUGUUGUGAGAUCCUCUCAGCUCUACACGAAUAUUCCUGGCAUGAACGUCGUUGAGACAAGGCCGGCUUCAGGGCCAUUUCUCAACAUGCCUCAGUCACCACAAUCGCAAUUCGUUCCUUCCAAGGAAGAUUUCGACCCGUCUCUCGUGAAUGAUGCAUACGCCGACCUCAUGAAAAGGUCUACUUCAACUUCCACGUCCACGUCCAGAAAUCAUAAGCCAGAGGAUGAACAGAAACAGUAAAAUUUAAUGUAAAUCCAUAUACCAA